UAAUUAAUAAUGUGUUUUUCUCGUUAGAGCUUUUAUUUUUGAUGUGAAAUACUAGUGGAUUUAUGCCUAUUUAUCUUAGUUUAAUAGAGAAUAACAGACAUGCCAAUUUUUACGGUUUUUAGUUCGAAAGUUAUAACAAUUGUGCGGUCUACGUCACCAUUUAAAAGCAAUGCAUUGUACGUAAGGUCUUUCUCAGACAAGGCGUUAAAAAGUAUGACUGCAUGUACGCCAGCUCUUAAAAAACAUGAUUACGAUUACGAUUUAGUUGUAAUUGGAGGAGGUUCAGGUGGCCUUGCCUGUGCGAAAGAAGCAGUAGCUCUAGGAGCUAGAGUUGCCUGUUUGGAUUAUGUUAAGCCCUCGCCGGCUGGAUCUAAAUGGGGCCUUGGAGGAACGUGUGUAAAUGUCGGCUGCAUUCCUAAAAAGUUGAUGCAUCAAGCUGCUCAUUUAGGCGAAGCUGUGCAUGAAUCAGUUGCAUAUGGCUGGCAAAUACCGGAACCAGAAAAGAUAAAACCUGAUUGGAGUAAAUUAGUUCAAGCGGUGCAGAAUCAUAUAAAAUCUGUCAACUGGGUGACCCGUGUGGACUUGCGAGAUAAAAAAGUGGAGUACAUAAAUGGUUUAGGCUUCUUCAAAGACCCGCAUACAAUUGUGGCAAAGAUGAAGAAUGGAACCGAACGCUCUAUCACUGCUCAAAAUGUCUUAAUCGCGGUGGGCGGACGGCCAAGAUAUUCAGAAAUUCCUGGAGCAGUAGAGCAUGGUAUAACCAGUGAUGACAUCUUUAGUUUGGAUCGGGAGCCAGGAAAGACUCUGGUAGUGGGCGCUGGUUACAUUGGACUAGAAUGCGCAGGCUUCCUUAAGGGACUUGGUUACGAUGCUACCGUUAUGGUGCGCUCUGUUGUGCUGCGUGAAUUUGAUCAGCAAAUGGCGGGCAUUAUAAAAGAUUCAAUGGUCGAGCGUGGAGUUAAAUUUUUGUUCACCACCUUGCCAAAGGCUGUUGAGAAAACCAAUGAUGGCCGAUUUCUUGUGAAGUGGUCAAACUCCAACACCGGUGAAGAAGGGUCAGAUACCUUCGACACAGUGCUUUUUGCAAUUGGUCGCAAGGGUUUAGUUGAUGACUUAAACUUAAGUGCAGCUGGCGUUGAAGUAAAGCAUGAUAAAAUUGUCGCUAACGACGCAGAAGAAACCAAUGUCCCUCAUAUUUAUGCUGUGGGUGAUAUUUUGCUCGGCAAAUUGGAACUAACACCCGUCGCUAUUCAUGCUGGUCGUUUGUUAGCGCGUCGUCUGUUCGAUAGCUCAACGCAAUUGAUGGACUACAGCAAUGUGGCAACAACUGUAUUCACCCCAUUAGAAUAUUCGUGCGUUGGGUUAUCGGAAGAAGCAGCUUUGGAAAAAUAUGGGGAAGAUAACAUUGAGGUGUUUCAUGGUUUCUACAAGCCAACAGAGUUCUUCAUACCUCAAAAAAGCGUUCGUUAUUGCUAUCUUAAAGCUAUUGCCGAAAGAAAUGGGGAUCAAAAAGUACUCGGAUUACAUUAUGUUGGUCCAGUGGCCGGCGAGGUUAUGCAGGGUUUCGCCGCUGCUGUAAAGUCUGGUCUCACAAUGAAAAUUCUAUUAAAUACUGUUGGAAUUCAUCCGACUACGGCUGAGGAGUUCACGCGACUCUCCAUCACAAAACGCUCUGGCUUGGAUCCCACACCAGCUACAUGUUGCAGUUAAGCGAAAUGUUUUGGUUGAAACUCAUGAAGGACUGGCCUCAGAUAUACAUGGAUUUAUAUAUGAGACAGUUCGGGUCGCGAUAUGUUUUCUAAUAAAAAAGAACAAAAUAAAUUGAUAUACAUAUAUAA